GAGAGUCAGCCGCUGGAGGAGCAGAUGUGAGAGGCGCACUGUAGGGGCCAGACGCGCCACGAUAAUUAGCCGCGGAUAAAUUAACGGGAAUAACCGGAUUAUGAUGAUUUGAGGAGGAGAAGUCGCCAGAGUCCGGUGUCAUACAGAACGAAGGAUUAAGUUAGGCGUCUUCACUCCUCCGAUCGCCGUUAUGGGGAUAGACCGGCGGCGGAGAGCAUCGCUGGCUCUCACCUUGAACUUCCUCGCGUUGUUCCUGGCCGUGUCGGCUCUCACCACCAGCUACUGGUGCGAGGGGACGCGGAAAGUGGUGAAGCCGUUCUGCACCGGCCCGGUCACCACCAGGCAGUCGUUCUGCAUCAGGUUCAACAGCUCCAACCUCAACGACACGCGGUUGGUGCAGUACAUCUGGGAGACCGGCGAGGAUAAGUACGUGAUGAGGAAGUUUCACACCGGAAUCUGGUUCUCCUGCGAGCAGAACAUCAACAUGACCGGUGAAAAAUGCAGAAGUUUUCUUUACGUUGCGCCUUCAAAUGAAAGAGGAGUGCUGUGGCUGUGCAUUGUUGCCGAGUGCCUGUACAUCCUCCUGCUGGCCACCGGAGGCAUCCUCAUGUCCAUAGAGGUGUGUCACUUUGGCAAUGUCAUCGACGGCCUCAAGCUCAAUGCCUUCGCUGCCAUAUUCACUGUGCUCUCAGGUCUGUUGGGUAUGGUGGCCCACAUGAUGUUCACCACAGCCUUCCAGCUGACUGUCAGCCUGGGCCCGGAGGACUGGAAACCUCAGACAUGGGACUACAGCUGGUCCUACAUUUUGGCGUGGAGCUCCUUCACCGCCUGCAUGGCGUCCUCAGUCACCACCAUCAACCGCUACACCAAAACCAUCCUGGAGUUCAAGCACAAGCGCAGGAACAUUGAGAAGAACCUGAAGAUCAAGCAGAAGCUGCUGGAGCUGGACUCUCCGGAGCAGGUGUGGGACAUGUACAUCAGCUCGGUGCCGAGCACCGCCGAGGAGCUGCUGGAUCUGUCGUCCAACGGUCGCAAGCUCUCCAACACCUCCAUCUUCCUGGACCUCAACGACCUGCCCGACCCACAGGGAGAGGAGUACUGCUAGAGGAGCUGCGUGUAGCAUUUUCAAACAUCAGUAGGUCAUUGUCAUGUUCAGUGUGGUUCAAUAAUAUGAUUACUGUAAACAAUAUGAGGCCAUGGUUGAGAGUCCUGGUGAUGCUGAGUACCACAUGUUGCUAACAUGUUAGCGAACACUUCUAAAAUCUAGCAGAUACAGACAACGUUACCGUUAAUUUGGAGUCCCGUUUCGGACCAGCUGAUAAACGUAAGUCCGUUAUUCACUUUACAUUUAGCUCCUGAUUUGGUCUUUACUAACUCCUAUGAAUUAUAAAUGGUCCUUUAGCUUUCACCAGCUAGUUGCUAACUUCAUCUGUCUGCUGUUUGGUGGGCAGGUAGUGUACAUUUUUUCUGGAAACAGAGUUUGGUGAGACGGAACUAUAUUACAACAUUGUGUGUCUAAAAACCAAAACAAUGAGAUAUAAGAGGCCAAAACAUUUUUUUUAGAGGUAAGUGGCGCUGAAGGGUUCAGUAAUUCUCUGUGGGUUCAAUGCUACCAGCAACUUACUGUUACACAUCGUUGUUUAAGACGUUGUUGUUAAGCUUAAAAGCUUAAAAAUACCCAUUUUGU